AUGUACUUCCUCAGUAGCCUGUCCAAAGGCUAUGGUGUCGUGUCGAUAUUGACUCUUGCGAUCACUGGUUUGUAUCCCUUGAAAGCUUGUGCCCAAUCCACCAACAAUACGCCUUGGCUCCUAGUCAAGAUAGCAAUUGAAGAUGGACUAUUCAAUGGGACAAUGGAUGGCCGAGUCGUGGUUUUGUUCGCACCGAGUGGUGUAGAUCCUCUCGAGGACACAGAAGUAACAUCGAGUCCCGAUUUGAUCUACGGUAUGAACGUAUACGGAUUAAGUUCGUCUGAUACAAUCACUCUUUCUGGUGGCAGCGGUUUGAACACCAGAACAGGCGUAUACGGCUGGCCUAACGUGAGCUUGGAGGAUGUCUCGGCUGGCAACUAUUCCGUGCAAGCUUUCUUGACCCCAUACGAGACGGUAUCUCGCAGCGAUGGCUCGGUUGUCAGCGUUCAUUUCCCUUGUGGCGAUGGUGCACCCAAUAUUGCCGGAGUCGGCAGUCUCUACACGUCGAUAGUUGAUAUCGAUGUGGAGGAGGCAGGGCAGAUUGUUGAGCUCGUCCUCAACAACGUGACUGCUGUGGAAGAUUUCACAGGCGAGGAGAUUGGUGGAUGCUCCCAGGGUAAUUACGAGGAUACGGACACUCUCAAGUAUGUGAAGAUCCGCAGCGAGGCUCUCAGCGAUUUCUGGGGCCGUGACAUGUAUGUGGGUGCCAACGUCUUGCUCCCAAGUGGCUACGACGAGAACGACACCAGCACGCGCUAUCCAGUCAUCUAUUCACAAGGCCACUGGCCUGCGGAUGCUGGCGCUUUCCGCUAUCCAACCGCCAACUUCUCAGAAGCAUGGGACAAUGGAACCAUACCCGGUGCAAGUGGUCAACCAGACCGACCGACUCCAAAAAUGAUCAUGGUGACUUUCCGACACGAGUCUCCCUUUUAUGAUGAUUCCUAUGCCGUCAACACAGCAAACAUUGGACCUUAUGGUGACGCCAUUAACGAUGAGCUGAUUCCGUAUCUCGAUUCUGUUUUCAACACUAUUGCCGAGCCAUAUGCUCGUAUUCAGCUUGGGGGUUCGACGGGAGGGUGGAUUUCAGCCGCCAGUGUCAUCUUCCGACCUGAUCUGUUUGGUGCUUGCUUCUCGAACUAUCCUGACUCCCUGGAUUUCCACAAGCACCAGGACAUCUCAUUAUAUACAGCUACAAACGCUUAUGUGAAAGGUGACGGUAGCGCCACCCCUUCGAUUCGCGACUUCGAAAACGGGACCCAAGUGAUACUCGCUACAACUGCACAGGAAAACCACUGGGAACUCACGUUUGGAACGUCAUCACGCUCCUCCCUUCAAUGGGAUGUCUGGAACGCCGUCUUUGGCGUCCAGGGAUACAAUAACUAUCCUCUCGAACCAUGGAAUAAAGUCACGGGCGAAAUUUACCCCGAGGCUGUCGAAUACUGGAAACACAUGGACCUGGCUAACUACAUUGUAACCAACUGGGACAACGAGCGCAAUUUGGGAUCGGUCCUGCGCGAGCGAUUGUUCAUCUAUGUCGGUACCUGGGACGACUAUUUCCUGAACGAAGGCGUCGAGGAAUUCCAGAAGACCAUCAACACGGUGGCCGGAUCUGACGAAUACUGGAUGAAUAUCACGAUCAUGCCGGAGAAGCCACAUGGAGGAAACUACCAGUCGCGCGAGAUCUGGGACUACCUCGAGCUUGUAUACUCCUGGAUUCAGGAUCAUGCACCGGAUGGCCCGACGCCACUCCCCAGCUCCGCCACCACGGCAUCGUCGAGAGGAAACACCUUCGCCGAAGUCCUUGCGUACGGAGGCAGAGAAGCUGCAGUGGCACGCCAGGCUCCCCCGGCUAUCACGGCUGGAGCUGGUUCCGAGUUCGACGCCUCUGUCGGACGCUGGGAUCCCGGAGUCAUACUCGAGGCGCAGUGGGUGAUCAACGGCAAACCAGCAUGCGAGCCUUUCGAGGUAUCGCAAGGCCAAAACCUGACUUAUACGCCGGAGGCGACGCACAAGCAUUCGUAUGUCCAGCUCUGGGUCACCGGACGGAAGAUGGGAUAUCUCGAGGAAACGAGGCAGAGUAUUGGUAUUUUGUUGGCACGAUAG